CCCGGGCCCGGGGUGUGCCCUACAGCUGUAGGGGCGGGGUUGGAUAUUCCUGGAGUCGAGGAGCCGUCGUCUCUGGACAGGAUGUGAGAGAGGAACUGGGGUCUCCAGUCACGGGAGCCAGCUGGGGCCGCAGAGGGAAGGGAUCGCGGCUGCCAGUCUCCCACUCAGAAUGCGGCUUCCCCGGCCUCAGCCCUGGGGGCUCGGUCUGCUGCUCGUCCUCCUGCCUGGGGCGCUGAGAGCAGGUCCCCCGCCCCGACUGCUCUCUUCGCCGGCAGAGAACCAUCGCUCUCUGCAGUACCACUUCACGGCCGUGUCGGCCCCCGCCGCGGGGACCCCUGCUUUCUGGGUUUCGGGCUGGCUGGGGCCCCAGCAGUACCUGAGCUACAAUAACCUGCGAGGGCAGGCUGAGCCCUGCGGCGCGUGGGUCUGGGAAAGCCAGGUGUCCUGGUACUGGGAGAAAGAGACCACCGACCUGCGAUACCAGCAGACGCUCUUCCUCCAAGCGCUCCAAGCUCUAGGCGAAGGCCCCUUCACCAUGCAGGGCCUGUUGGGCUGCGAGUUGGGCCCUGACAAUGUAUCGGUGCCGGUGGCCAAGUUUGCCCUGAACGGCGAGGAGUUCAUGAUGUUUGACCCCAAGCUGGGCAUCUGGGAUGGUGACUGGCCUGAGUCCCGGACCGUCAGUAUCAAGUGGACGCAGCAGCCCGAGGCGGUCAACAAGGAGAAGACCUUCCUCCUCUACUCCUGCCCGCACCGGCUGCUGGGGCAUCUGGAGAGGGGCCGAGGCAACCUGGAGUGGAAGGAGCCACCCUCCAUGCGCCUGAAGGCCCGCCCCGGCAGCCCCGGCCUGUCUGUGCUCACCUGCAGUGCCUUCUCCUUCUACCCACCUGAGCUGAAGCUGCGCUUCCUGCGGAACGAGCUGGCCACUGGCUCUGGUGAGAUACACAUGGGCCCUAACGGCGACGGCUCCUUCUACGCCUGGUCAUCACUCACAGUCAAGAGUGGCGACGAGCACCACUACCGAUGCGUGGUGCAGCACGCGGGGCUGGCCCAGCCCCUCACGGUGGAGCUGGAAUCACCAGCCAGGACCUCGGUGCCAGUGGUUGGAAUCAUCAUCGGCUUCUUGCUGCUCCUGACAGUGGCUGCGGGAGGAGCUCUCCUGUGGAGAAGGAUGAGGAAGGGGCUGCCAGCUCCUUGGAUCUCUUUCCGUGGGGAGGAUGUAGGGGCCCUCCUGCCCACUCCCGGCCCGUCCAAGGAUGGUGAAUCUUAGGAUAAAAAUGCAUUCCCAGCAACUGCCGAUCAUCCCCCAUCCUGGCUGUUACCAGCUAAUGUCCUCAGGUCCUUCUCAUGCUGUGAGACCUCCGGGAAUCCUGGUAUUUUUGAGCCUCCGGAAGGAGCCCGAUGUCCUCCCUCUGGACUUCUCCUCUUGUGAUCUGCCUCAGUUACCCCUCCCGAUAUAUAUGGUUCUUUUCCAGCUCCACAUAUAACAUGGGUUUGGGCCCGAAUCGUUGUGUUCUCAUCGUUUCAACUUUUUUAGGGAAUUGUGAGGGGGAAUAAAUGGUGUAAGCCUUGGGCUUCAAGUCUCUCCUGAGGCUAACUUGUUGCCACAGUGGAAUUUGCCAAUUUUAUAUACCAAGUCAUGUAUUUUUAAUGAAUAAAUUUCACAAAUAUUUACUGGA